AUGGCUAAUCUCAGCAAUGUUGAUCAACUGCAUAAGGAGCUUGAAAUUAGCUGGAGGGCUAAGAUGACUGAGUUUGAGAAUCGUCUAAAAGAUGCUUUAGUCCCUGCAUCAACAAGCAACAAUCCAACUCUACAACAGCUCAAUCAGGAUUUUUGUGCAUUUAAAGAGUUGGUAACUAACAUGCUUGGUCUUCUGCAGCAGCAAGGGGUUUGCGGCGCAACUAAUGAUGUGCCUUCCACCAGGAGCUCACCUAAAGCCAGUCGCCAGCAAGAAGUGGAGAGGCGGAAAAAAGAAGCAUCCGCCUUGACUUAUGGUGAUAACAAGAAAACUCGUCGUAUUAUCUCCAAAAAG